CCGGUCCCGCCACCGGUGCCGUCGGUGCCGCCGCCGCCGCCGAUAUGGCGCGUCCUGCCCCUGUGGAGCCCCCGCUGCGGCAUCCCGCGCCCCCCUCGCCGGCCGCGGGCGAGCCCCGCACUUCUGUUGAGGCGGCGGUGGCCCCGCGGAGAGUGCUGUUCGCCGACGAGGCCCUGGGGCUGCCGCUGGCGCAGCUGCGCCGCUACCGGCCGUGGGGCGGGCCCGGGGCGGGCAAGAUGGCGGCGGCGGCCGGGCAAGAUGGCGACGGCGGCGGGGCUGACGAGGACGACGAUGGCGAGGAUGGGGAUGAAGGGGAGGAGGAAGAGGAGGCUUGCCCUGCGCCCUCGCCGCUGUGCCCCGUCCCCGCUGGCGGGGGGUUUUACCUGGUGCCCACAUUUUCGCUGCCGCCCGCGCCGGGUCGUCUGGAGCGCUUGGGGCGCGUCAUGGUGGAGCUGGAGGCGCUGCUGCCGCCUCCCGGAGCGGUCCCCGGGGGUGCCGGGGUGUGGGUGCCUGGGGGGCGCCCGCCGGUGCUGCGCGGGUUGGUACGCGUGCUGAACCGCUCCUUCGAGAAAGCGGUGCACGUGCGGGCCUCACACGACGGCUGGGCUUCCUUCUGCGACCACCCAGCGCGCUACGUCCCGCGCAGCCCGCCUGGGGCAGGAGCGGGAGGACCAGGAGCAGGAGAUCCCAUCCUGGAUCCCGGCCUGGGCCUGGGCUUGGGCCUUGGCCAGGCGUCCGCCUCCUCGCCCGACGACGGCGGCCGCACUGACCGCUUUGCCUUCCAGCUGCCCUUUGCUGAGGGCGCGGGCGAUGGGGCGCGCCUGGACUUCGUGGUGCGCUAUGAGACCCCCGAGGGCACUUUCUGGGCCAACAACCAAGGCCGCAACUACACAGUCCUGCUCCGGAUCGCACCCGCUCCCACACCCACUGAUGCUGAAGGGCUGCCCCAGCAGCAGCAGCUGCAGCAGCUGGAGCCACAGCCCGAGUGCCAGGGUCCCGUGGAGGCUGAGGCCAGGCAGCUGAAGAGCUGCAUGAAGCCGGUGAGGCGCAGGCCCGCUGAGGAAGAGCUGAGGAUGAGGAGCUCAGAGGACAGCACCCCUGCUGUGGCAGAGCGCCCUAAUGUCCAGGAGUCAGUGGGUCCCCUGGUGGCCCCCACCCCUCUCCGCCCAUGGCCUCAGAUGACGCUUCAGGUUUCUGAAGUUACAGUGACUGGCAAACCCCCAGAGGAAGGUGACGUCCCCAGAAGCAAUCCGCCUGUGGCUUUCACAGAGGUCCCCCAGGCACGGGCCAUCAGGAUUCUCCCCUCUUCCUCUCUCUGUGGCCUGGGUGGCUCCCCCAGGGACCAGGCCUCGGGGCCCGAUGCAAGUGAGGGGGCAGCCGGGCCUCUUCUGGAACCCAGCCAGCAACAGGUGGAGGCCACGUGGGAAGUAUCGCAAGAGAAUGGAGGGGGCCGAAAGGAUUCCAUGGUGGGGGCCUUAAUGGAUGAACCCCCUGGGGGUCUGGAGGUUGUGGGUGGGUUGGAGGAGCUGCUUGGUGAGGACACCAUUGACCAGGAGCUGGAGCAGCUCUACCUGUCCCACCUGAGCCGCCUGCGGGCCGCUGUGGCUGCAGGUGGGGUGGGAGGUGGCGGGGAGGGCCCCACAGAUGGGGGAGUAUCCCCCAGCCAUCCCCUGGGCAUACUCACGGACCGCGACCUGAUCUUGAAGUGGCCUGGCCCCGAGCGGGCCCUGAACAGUGCCCUGGCUGAGGAGAUCACCCUGCACUAUGCCCGGCUGGGGCGUGGUGUGGAGCUUAUCAAGGACACUGAGGAUCCUGAUGAGGAGGGGGAGGGCGAAGAGGGACUCUCCAUUGUACCCUCCAGCCCAGAAGGGGACACCCCCAAGGAAUCACCUCCAGAAAUCCUCUCAGGGGUCCAUCCUGUGGUAGCCACUAUGGGAGAUGUGUGGCUCCCGUGGGCAGAGGGCUCGGGCUGUGACAGCCCCGUGGUUCUGGGUGCAGAGGGUCAGUUCACUGGGGCUCCAGAAAACGGGAUGGGCAAGGACACCGACUCUCUGCGCAUAAAUAGGGUGAUGGCUGGGGUGACCGGGCCCCCAGGGGAGAAAGAAGGCCGGAUGGAGUUUACCACUGAGUGGGCAGACAGCUUGGUUCCUAGAUCUGGUAAGGAGCCAGCUGCUCCAGUCCUACGGGGGCAAAGUUUGACCCUCCUCAGUCCCUCGGGGGCUGAAGUCUGUCCUUCUAGCCUGGCCAGGCCCCAUGUGAGCCCCCAGGAUGAAGAGGGUGCAGGCCCAAGCCUGGAGCCCCCAAAGAAGUCUCCCACCUUAGCAGUCCCUGCAGAAAGUGUGUGUGUAUUGCCUCCCCAGCUGUGGGGGCCCUUGACCCAGACUCUGGGGGUCCUGGCUGGGUUGGUGGUGGUCCCUGUGGCUCUGAACAGUGGUAUGUCCCUCCUGGUGCUUGCGCUGUGCCUCUCUCUGGCCUGGUUCUCGUAGAGGCUACUUGUGUGGGGUGCAGCAGUAACAGACUUCCCCCCUCUCUGGGGUGUGGAGAGAGGCCGUCCCUGCACUGCACCCAGGGGGUUCAGAUAGGAUGUGUGGCCUGUAUAGUGAGGGGUCUUUUGCUUCUGAGAAUGCCCAACUGGAGAGAGACCUUCCCGUCCUUGAGGACUUGUUGGCACAGGGCUCCCUGUGGUGAUGCCUGUGGAGGGGAACAGGGCACGGUGGACGGUGUGAGAUAACUUUCAGAGAGGAACUGGGCAUGUCCUCCCUUCCUCCCCCCCCCCCAAGCCUGUAUUUAUUUUUGUAUAAUUCUCUGGACGAGGGCGAGUGGUCGUGAGCUGGUCUUGGGGCACAAUUACCCAGAGAUAUAUUUAUUAACAGCCAACCUGUGCAACCUGCUGGAGCUUUAUUUUUAAUUUAAUUUAUAUAGAGUACCUAUUAUUAUAUGCCACAAUAGAGCUCUAUGAGAAAUGAUGUGUCUUGCUGUACAGUGUUCUCCCGUGUGGGCCUGAGUGUGUGGGGUGGUCCUGUUCUAUGGGAGGGGCGGGUGGGGAGUUGGCCAUGGGACACGGCCAUGUCUGCUGCCACAGCUUCAGUAAGUGUCACUUCACCUUAUGGUCCUGCCCUGUGUGGUCUGGUGGUCUUUGGAGGGGCGGGUCCUUUGGUCUUUUCUAUAUUCUGCCAGGGAGGGAGGAAGAAUGAUUGCCAUGUGAGGGUUUGGUGUCGAACACAUGGCUGCGGCGGUGGAUGUGGUCAGCUGUAGAUGUGGGAAUACUGGCUGCGAAUAAGCCACAAGGUUUUGAGGUUCCUGGGGAAAAAAAAAGAAGCCUUUGACACCAGGAAGGAGACCCUUCUGUCUCCAAGGUUGGGAAGGUCUCAGAAGGGACAGAGGAGUUAAUGUGCUGUGAAGAAUUCAUACCAGAGUUGCUGUCCACAGACUUUGCCUUUAUAACUCAAAACAGGAAACCCAGAAGCUUUGAAAGAAAGGAUAGAUAUAUUUACUGCAUGCAAAUAAAAAUCUCUGCAUUAGCACAACAAAACACCAUAUAUUUAUUUACUUGCCUUCGCAACAAAACUUUACACCAACUUUCUUUCAUUCUUCUCCAGGGCUCCCCUGCUUUUCUGAAACAGCCCCAAUCAGAUUGUUUGCCCAGCCACUUCAGCAAAAAAUCCCUGAUGAUAUUUGAUUGGUCCAUCAACAGCCACAUCCCAGAUUUCAUCUUCCUUGACCUAUUGGCAACAUUUGACACAGCUGGUCAUCUCCCCCACCUUGAAAUCUCUAUUUACUUGGUUUCUGGUACAC